AUGAUGCAAGCGAAACUUAGUAAUUCUGAGUGUUAUCGUAAUUUGAGUAAUAAGAGAAAAUUAGUGCUUGAAAAUCAACUGUUCAGACGUGUCUUCAUUGAAACAUGCGAAAAAAAUGGAUGUCACCCAUUGAAAUCGUCAGUUACAGGAAUAAUCCAAAUCCCAUUGUGGCUCACAUUCACAUUCUCCAUCAGAUACUUGAGUGGAUUCCAACUGUAUCCGCAAUCCGAUUCCAAUAAUCUGAUUGCCGAUCCGUCUCUCAACGUUCCGUGCUCAAGUUUCCUGCUUCCCUCCAUAUGUACGUUAGCCGGAUUGGCAAAUGUAGAACUGGCGUGUUUAAGACGACCUCUGUUCUUCAAUCCGAAAUCUAAUUCUGUAAUACCAGAUCCUUUACCUUAUAAUGCUGUGCGGUUUGUUGGUUGGGUUGGAAAUCUCGCUCUUUUCGCGUGUUGCAGCUUUUUUCCAAAAGCGUUUGUGAUUUAUUGGUGUACAUCUUCAAUUCACCAACUAUGUAUACAUCUUUUGAUAAUGCACCCUUGUUUACGAAGACUGCUUGGUUUAUGGACCAUACCCCAUGAAGGACAUUAUCCGUAUAAAGUUCUACUUAACUCGAUGUAUCAUCGCUAUAACAUAUCAAAAUGGUUGCAAAAUAAAAAGUCAUAA